AUGUUUGUUCGUGUAAAACAUGUGUUUCUGUGUAUAGCCGUCCUUCUAUUAAGUUCUAAGACAUGUUUCAGUGAGCCACAGAUCCCAUCUCUGACACUGUACAGCCCCGGAGAGUUGGAAUACAGCGACGUGCUCGUACGCAGAUUACACGACAAUUUGACCCUAGUGUGCGCAACGCGAGGCGACAGCAAUACGAGAGGCUAUGUGUGGAACUAUGUCGGAAAUAACACGAGUUCCGGGGCUAGCUCGUUUACAGUGUCACCCUCUGGUCCCUCCAGUAGCAGUAAGCUUGAAAAGUAUGACCUUCAGCUGUCUGACAGUGGACACUACAUGUGCUCAUCCCCACCAUUCAGCAUCACCAAAUAUAUUUUGGUGCAGCGCAGAGGUGGUACGCAGUGCGCGCGCGGUGCAUUCUCUUGCGGAACCAGAUGCGUUCUAGCCGCGUACGUUUGCGACGGCCGUCCUGAUUGCGAACGCGCAGAGGAUGAAUCGCCAGAAUUUUGUCCACCACAGCCGUGUCAGCGAAAUGAUCGCCUGAACUGCUCCAGCGGUAGAUGUAUUCCGGAGGCAGCUUGCUGUUCUACAGCCGAUGUGCUGUGUCAGCAGCCAUCUUGUUGCGCGGAGCAUCCGAGAUAUGCAAGGCUAGACGUAGGUGAAGAGGAAUUUGAGUAUCCCCCGCUUACUGAAGACAGACAUGCACCAGAUGACUACGGGUUCAUUCAGUCGACAAUAUAUACGGUCACUGCCUGCGCAUUAAUAUUCAUGAUCGCUGUGGUGUUGCUGGUGUCGGCACUUUGCAAGAUGCACAUGAAGCGAGCGGCUCUGAGGGGCUAUGCGCACGCGCAUCGGGACACUGCCCAUCACUACUCAGCCAGAUAUCCUCCACGGUAUGAAGCCACACGACUUCUCGAUCUACCCUCACUGAGUCCGACGCGACAACCCAACCAGUGUGAAUCUGAGAGUGCCGUUUCCUCCCCAAUGUGCGAAGUAACGAAUUCAGUUAACUCGAGUUUCGCUCUUUCGAGGUUGGGUUCCAUGUUCUGCACGAGGUAUUCGCAGGUUCCCACGCAAUGCGAUGUGGAAAUGACCGACGUGCGAUCCACAUCACUGAACAGUUCGCCCACUCGCAACCCACCAGUAGACUACCGUUCACCGAUCCCCACCUCAGACCUAUAUUACACAAACCCAGAUCUAACAAACCUGGGUAGAGAUCUGAACUACAUGGCAACACCGAUAGAGUUCUUCCGAAGGCGAAAUCUGAGACGUAAUACCUUAGACAGGGUUAUAGACCACCUGACACAGACUCCAAGACCUCUAACCUUGCAACUGGGAAGGUUUCAACUCAGCAUCCCCAGGUUCAACAGGCGGGAACCACGCCCCGAUACUCCAGAUAUCGCCGAGAUCAAUAUAGACAAUCUAGAUUUUGUCAGAUUGAACUCCAACGAUACGUACACACUAAACGGCAGGACGAUUAGGCUCUUAGGCGCGGAUUUCGAAAACUACCCGCACUUAGAUGCAAAUCGCCCACCCCCCUACAACGAAGCUAUGAGAUACAAAGUUUAUGGCCCACCGCCUGAAUAUUUGAGCAGGGAAGGCAUAAAUAGGGAAAACGAAGCCACAAAUAACAUAGAAAUGCCGCCAUGCUACGACGACUUGAGCGGUCAAAUACAUAACGGUAACAUUCCCCAAAGUAGCGAUACAAAUAACGGUAACUGUUCGACUAGUAUCAGUAAUCAUAGUAACGGUAACGAUACGAACGGUAACGUCACGGAUCCCUCCCCGGACGCAAACAGCUGUUAUUUGAGUAACGGAUUAGAGAGUGUAAAUAAUAACGUUCCUGAAACGAUAAGUUCCGUUAUAGAUAACUUGCCAGCUAUCGACAGCGAUUAUAACGCUAACGAUAACGUUUACAACGACACCGUUAUCGCUGAGUAG